CGUCACGGGUCGCGUGGAUGUGUGCGUGCACUCUCGAUCUCUGCAAUGAAUGAUUCACUCAUGAACGGCUCGGCCCGGCUGUUGGCAGCCCUCCCUCCAUGCCAGCGCCAUAUCUGAAUCCUCUCGUCUGUCUGGCUGAUGUCAUCUACACAAAAAGGAUGCCAUCGUCGGGUAAGACUGUCCGAAUGCGAGCGCGCAACGAUGGCCGGAGAUCAUUUAAAACCACGCACGGGACAUGCACUGCACACACGGCCGGACAGGUAAAAAUCGAGGCAGGCAGGCAGGCAGGCUGUCUCUGGAGCCUCCGCUCAUGAUAAGGCACAUGCAGGCAGCACAUCACAUCAGUUGGUGUAAAAAUCAUCAACAGAUAAGCAGACAUUGCUGUACAGUACAAGGGCAGGCCAGGGGCUCGCUGUACAGAGAGGAGGGAGCAGGGAGGGAGGGAGGAGGACAAAGGCAUGGAUAAACAGGCGCUUGAAAGGAAAAGAGCGCCAGUCAGUCAGAUAUCCCCUUGUUUGUUUCGCCAUCGGAUAAUCAGUAUAGUUCUGCUUCCUCAGCCUCGGCGGCCUUCCUGUCUUCGCCCCCCUCGCCCGCCUUGUCGCCGCCCUCCUCCUCACCGAUGUCCUCGUCGCCAAAUGCUGCUCGUUCGGCACACACAUACAUACAGAAAGCGCAAGGAAGAGUGAGCAUGGCCUUUGUGCACUUCUGUCUCCCGUCUCCCUCCGUGUGUCCCCUGACUGACAUCUGCUUGACUUCAUCUUGUCAAUGUACUCCUCGUACCGACGCACAUCGGCGUCAGUCACAGACCGCCUGCACAGCACACGGCACAAAUAACGAUGUGCAGUAAUCGGCGGAUGGGUCCAUCAAUGACUCCCGCCCGCCCGUCCCACCUUGAGUCCUUGGUGGCUAGGUCGAGGUGCUUCUUGGUGAUGUAUGGAACGGGGUCGGGCUCGCCCUUCUUGAGGGGCCGCCCCCUCUUCACCUCCGCAUCAAUCGACUCACGAAUGGCGAACUUGGCCGCACGCUGACAGAUCUCAGUGAUGUCCGCACCUACACCACACCACCAACAGGCCACAACAACAAACACACGACACACAACACGUCACGUCAACCAGACCGUCACAAGAGCGCGAGAACGUCAGGGAAGGAGGCACCUGAGUAUCCCGCGAGCUGUUCGGCCAUCUUCUCGAUGUCGACGUCCGGUGCGAUGGGCGACCGCCGCAGACAUGCCUUGAAAAUGUUGAUGCGGGAGGGGAGGUCGGGGAGGGGGAUGUACAGCAGCUGGUCCAGCCGCCCUGGUCGCGUGAUGGCAGGGUCGAGGAUGUCAGGUCGGUUGGUGGCCCCGAUGAUGAAAAUGGGCUUCUUCUCGCCCACGCCGUCGAUCUCGGUGAGGAUCUGGUUGAUGACGCGGUCGGCAGCCUCACCACCGCCGCCCCCACCACCGCCCCUGGCCUUGGCGAUUGAAUCCAUCUCGUCGAAGAAGAUGAUGCACGGAGACGCAGACCUGACCAUCCGUGGCCACAGAGGGAGAGGAAAGGUGUGGGCAUGACGGAUGGAUGACGUGGGUGUGUCAGUGUGCGUGUCGGUGACCGACCUUGCUUUGUCGAAUAGGUCUCUGACGUUUGCUUCUGACUCGCCGAACCACAUGGUCAGCAGCUCGGGGCCCUUGACCGAAACGAAGUUGGCAUUGCACUCGUUUGCCACAGCCUGAUCAAUUGGAGUAUGCACACACACACAACAAACACACCAACAACAUGACGCACCAUCCCCAUCGUGUCUCGACUACUCACCUUGGCGAGCAGCGUCUUGCCGCAUCCCGGGGGGCCAUAGAAGAGGACUCCCUUGGACGGCGACAGGCCAUACUUGGUGAACUUGUCGGCAUGCUCCACUGGGUACUGCACCGUCUCGAUGAGGUCCCUCUUGACGUCCUCGAGACCGCCCACAUCGGCCCACGUGACGUCGGGCACCUCCACGUUGCGCUCGCGGAGAGCGCUGGGGUUGCACACGCCCAGGGCGAACUGGAAGUUCUUGUUGCUCACCUUGAACUUGUUCAGCACCUGCACACGCCCAUGAGUGACAAGGCCAGAGUGGGUGGGAAGGUGCGGCUGCACUGCGUCUGCUGCGUCAGCUGGCUGAGUGGUCUCACCUCUGGGGGAAGCGAUUCGGUGCCCAUGUCGAGGUCAAGGUCACCCGCAUUCUCGCGGAUGCACUGGAGUGCAGCCUCCAUACACAACUGAGGAAUGAGACAGCACAUGACAGACAGACAGCAAUAUAAGCGGCCCGGCCUGCCUGUGCUUCAUUCAUAUUUGCAAUCAUGUGUUUGACUUGCCUGAGCGAGAUCGGCUCCUACGAACCCAUGAGAGUCCUUGGCGAUUUGCCUCAGGUCGACGUCGGGCGCCAGCUGCAUGUUCUUGGUCUUGAUCUGAAGGAUGUCAUACCUGCACAAGACCCACCCACGACAGGCUGAUGGCAGGUACCAGCAGAGGCGUGGCGUCCGCCUCACCUUCCCUCCUCAUCCGGGAUGGGAAUCUCGAGCUCGCGGUCGAAACGGCCAAACCUGCACCCAACGAUAUGAGAGAGACACCCGUACAUGUCAUGUGUGUCAGUUGUGGUUCUCUCUCCCCGCCCCGCCUGACCUUCUUAGUGCCGGUUCGAUGACGUUGGGUCGGUUGGUGGCGCCGAUGACCAGCACAUUUGACGAGGGCUUGAUGCCAUCCAGCAAUGUCAGCAGCUGUGGUCGAUGCACACCCACACACACAACACAAUAAUGACAUGCUGGAUGCCUUCCGUGCCUUGUCUGUCCUGCACUGCACUGAGUCGGUGUGUCACGCCACGCACCUGGCUGACGAUUCGUUUCUCCACUUCGCCUCCCGCCUUCUCCCUCUUGGGUGCGAUGCUGUCGAUCUCAUCCAAAAAGAUAAUGGCCGGCGCAUGCUCCUGGGCGUUCUCAAAGGCCUUGCGGAGGUUGGUCUCUGACUCUCCUGCCAACUUGGACAUGAUCUCAGGCCCGUUGAUGGUGAAGAAGUAGGCGCCAGUCUCAGCGGCGAUGGCCCUGGCCAGCAUGGUCUUGCCGCACCCUGGUGCGCCGUGCAUGAGAACGCCUCGGGGAGGCGGGAUGCCUACACUGCGGAAGACCUCUGGGUGCCGGAGAGGCAGCUCCACCAGCUCCCGAAUCAUCGACAGCUGCUUACGGCACCCACCGAUGUCGUCAUAACCCACCUCGUCCAGGGUCUCGUCGUCCUGAUCUGAACGAAUGAAUGGAAGCGCACAGAAGAGAAGAUUGAGCGGUACAUGGCCGUCUGACUGACUGUCUCACGAUCUGUCUGUCUGUCUGUCUGCGUGUCUGCGUGUCUUGUCCAUCUAUCUAUCUACCUCUGAGCAGUGGAUCUUGUUCAUAGUUGAUUUCGGUGUCCUCGACGACGACCCCAUAGUCGUCAUCCUCCUUGUCCACCGUGUCGAUCUCCAUGACCUUGAACUCCACCGCCCUGCCCGUCCCCGCACCCGGUCCCGUGUAGGUGGCCGUGAAGUGGUCGCCCUUCCUCAGCGGCCGGUAGUUGUUCUCGAAGUAGGGCUUGAGGCAGUGCUGGUAGAGGUCGCCAGCGAUGCUCUGCACCGUGUCAUCGAACGGCACCACCACCACGUGCUUGAUGUUCUUGAUCCGCUCGAAGGGCUUGACCGAAACGGCGUCGCCCACGUAGACACGCAGGUUCCGCCGGGCGAUGCGCGGGAUGCGCACCUUGUCCUCAUCCAUCUUGUCGUCCACAUCCACCACUGCCAGCGUGUCCUUGUUCUUCUUGCCACGCACACGCGCAUAGUCGCCCUGGAAGAGACCCAGCUUCUCAAGGCGGCUGGGGUGCAUGGUGAUGACAGAGUGGUCGCUGCCGGCCGCAUCGUCCACCAGCAUCAGAUCAGGCCGCUUGCUGAGCGCUCUGUCGACGACAGGCAGCUCCAGCGGCACCGGCGCAGGAACCUUUGGCUGCUUGCUGGUUUCAUCCUCAUCGUUGUCGACUCCCUUCUUUGGAGCAGCGAAGACUGCACCUCCUCGUAUCCUCUGCAGCAGAGAUCUGGUGGGUGCACGCCGGUUGUGGGGAGCGAUGACUGCUGCAUGGCGGAGCCGCGCUGGUACAAGAGGGGAGGGUGGGGAGGGGGAUGCGUCCGCUCGGAAGAGCAGGACAGCAGCCGCAAGAAUGGCACCGCAGAUCUUCAUUCGCAGACAAAACGAAGCGGAGAGUG